AUGUUUCUUGUGCUCAUUAUCAUUUUUUUCAGUGACAGUACCGCUAAGAUGCGAUGUCGAAUGCGCAAGCAACUCUUUAUUCAACGUAGUAAGGUUUGUGACUUAUCGUUAAUAUUAGCGAUAGCUGGACUACUUUUCGUUAUUAUCGACGCUGAACUCACAGCACUUUCAUCCACCACUCAUAUCACAAAGGCUCAUAAUGUAUCGUUAUUUCUUCGCUCCGUAGCUGUUCUCUCAACUAUAUGCCUCAUUUGUUGUCUCAUUAGUUACCACGCUAUAGAAGUGAAAAUAGCAUUGAUUGAUUCGGGUGCCGAUGAUUGGCGUGUUGCUAUAAGUAUGGAUAGGGUCAUCAAGUUGUCUAUGGAGUUGGCAGUAUGCGCUAUUUGUCCGUUUCCAGGUUCCGGGUUCAUACGAUGGCCUUUCAUCUCUCCGGAGAAUCGUCUAGUGAAAAUGGUUGAUGUACCAGUUGAUGUACUGCUCUCAGUACCCAUGUUUCUUCGAUCAUAUCUACUUUGCCGUUUUAUGGUUUUGCACAGCAAACAAUUUCAGGAUGCCGCUACUCGUUCAAUUGCUGCAUUGAACAGAAUUUCAAUGGAUUUUCGUUUUGUGAUCAAGACAAUGAUGGCUGAUCAUCCACUACAAGUAUUGAUCGUUUUCACUAUAUCUUAUUGGAUAUGUAUGUCGUGGAUGUUCACUCAAUGCGAACGGUACGAUGGAAAAUUGGAUGUUGAGCAUUAUUACCUCAACUCGAUGUGGUUCAUCAUGGUCACAUUCAUGUCUAUCGGAUACGGUGACAUUAUUCCAAAUACGUACUGCGGACGAACGCUUUCAAUUGCCACUGGGAUUGUGGGUGCUGGCGUAUCAUCUGCGUUAAUCGCCGUCAUUUCACGUAAAUUGGAGUUGAGUCGAGCCGAAAAGCAUGUGAAUAAUUUCAUGGCGGAUUCCAAAUUAACUAAUCAACGUAAAAACGCUGCUGCGUCGGUACUUCAAGAGACUUGGUUCAUCCAUAAGUACAAGAAAGCAUUGCACAAAGGUGACGAGUUACGCUUACGACAUCAUCAACGACGUUUCUUGCAUUCCAUCAAUGAAUUUCGACGUAUUAAAUGGGAUCAACGGAAAUUACAAGAAAAAGGAAACUCGUUGCUUGAUGUGGGAAAGUUGCAUUCGGAUAUGCAUGAAACACUUUGGGAGAUGCAUCGUGCUCAAGAUCAUUUCAUUUCACAAAUCGACACACUUACUCAAAAAAUAAUUGAGCUACAACAAACGCUCUCUAAUCAGGCGAUACUGCUUCAAACUCAGCCAGUAUUGAACUCAAGUGCCAGCAUACCACGUAUUUCGGUUGCGAAUCAUUCUCAUCACAAUAACAACGACUCAUUGAACAGUGGUUGUGAGACGAUGAACCCGAAGAUAUACGUCACUGUCACCACACCGUUAAUGGAAUCGUUUGACGAAGUAUGA